AUGACAGAAUUGUGGUUUUAUUCGCUCACUGCCUGUAACUGUUCUGCCCAACAUCUCACACCUCACAGCCCACCGUCAACGUCCCCUCUUCAGGCUCUCUCUCGCACCUCUAUCACAAACCCCGGACUCCGGAGCCCAACCCCUGGCCACCCGACUCGUCUUCCCAACUCAUUUCCACGUCCAGUGUGCAAUGUGUCCACUGUUUUGGUGUCUCCAUUUCCUCUUCUUGCUCUUGUGCUCCUUCGUCUGCCUGAGGAGUGA